AUGAAAAUCACCCAAUGGCUUCUUGGCCUCGUCCCGGCCCUCGAUCUGGCUCAUGGUCUGCAAUUCCCGCUCGGUCGGGCAAAGUCGCAUAAGGGUGGCUCGGAAGCGAGCUUGAUUCAAUUUCUCGGGCCUCAUCGUGUCGAAGCUGGGUCUGUUCAGAAUAUCCGACUCGGUUUCUCACAGCGCUUCGCGGGCAAACUCCAUGUUGUCUAUGGGGAUUGCAGUAUAAAUCUGGCAGUCGAGGCAAGUCAACAGGUAGUGAGCUUCCUCCUGCCGGACUCAGACCAUCCCGAUCGAUUAGUAUGGGUCGUGCCCUCAGAUGCACAGGAUUCGCAGUGUCUGCAAGCCUUUCAUGGUUGUACGAUAGUCGGCCGAUCACCCCCCAUCGCGAUCGAGAAGGCACCCCAUAAUCCCCGAGCGGAAUCUCAGAUCGAUGGAGAUUCCGUAAUCUGGUUUGACGGUGUCGAAUACAUGCGAUCACAAGACUCCUCCAAGGCGGUUGUAAACAGCGUUGCAGCGAAGGACUCCAGUAUCGCCAUUGUAGGCGCGGGCAUCGCCGGACUCAUGACCAGUCACUUGCUAAGCUCGAUCGGGAUUCAUAACUGGCAUAUCCACGAAGCUUCCCAGCGUCUGGGGGGACGAAUCCGAACCGCCUACCUCAAUGGCACAUCGCCAGAUGAUUAUCAAUAUUUCGACAUGGGGCCCAUGCGGCUAGCCACCAAGAUCAGGUACACAGGCACCGGUGAAGUCUUGCCAUUUGAGGACCACCGAUUGGUAUUCAGUCUUAUUGACACCCUCAACCAUCUCAACGCAGACCACCACCCGGAGUUGGCGAUGACUUUCCUUCCUUUUGACAAGAUAACUGAUGACUAUGGAGGCAUGAAUUCUCAUACGCUCCAAGACCUGGGUGAAGACGAGCAACAGAAGUACACCGAGUACCUAGCGCACAAGAUGUAUCGCGCACAUAAGCAGGCUUUGAGUGCGGGAAGUCCACACUGGUCUGAAGGCGCAUACCUGCGUCAGCUUCUGAAUCCGCGGGAUCCGAUGAUAAAUUAUAUUGCCGACCGGGAAGACACACCAAUCUGGGAGAGUCUAUACUGGAACAAGUAUUUUGCCGCCUCUGCCUGGCAAAGCCUCGACAAGGGGUUCGAGUCGCUCCCGAGAGCAUUCGCACCCCAUGUGGCGGACAAGAUCACACUGGGCCGGCGUAUCAGCGGGCUAAGCUACAACGAGUCGGCAGACAAGGUCUCACUGCUCUGGCGCAACGAUCCAAACGACUGGGACCCGGCUGCCGAACAGUACGACUACGCCGUCGUCGCUGCUCCGUUCAGCAUGCUGCGUGCGUGGAAUCUGCCCGAGUACUCCGAGCUUCUUGACAAGGCAAUCCAUGAUCUCCAUUUCACGCAAUCAUGUAAAGUUGCUCUGCACUAUCGCACUCGGUUCUGGGAACGGGGUGACAAAGCUCAAUACCGAGGCUGCGCACGCGUGAGCGACUACCCUAGUGUCGGCGACGUAUGCUAUCCCCCGUAUCAGGUAAAUAGCUCGGGCCCAGCAGUGGUUAUGGCUUCCUUCACGACCGGCAAUAUGGCCCGGACGAUAGCUGCGCUGGGAGAGACGAACGCUGUUGCCCUGGCGCAGCGGGGUAUGGUCCACGCUCAUGGGAAGGUCGCAAACGAGGAGUUCACUGGGAUCUAUGAGCAUGUAUGCUGGGAACACGAUGAAUUCCAGGGAGGAGCCUGGGCGUCUCCCCUUGGAGAUCAACAAGAAAAGUUCUUACCGGCGAUUUAUCGGACUGAAGCCAAAACUAUCUUCAUGGGUGAGCAUACAGCGUAUACACAUGCGUGGCUUUCGUCGGCCGUGGAUUCGGCCUUUCGCGGCACGGUGCAGCUGUUGCUGGAUCUGGGUCUGGUGGAGGAGGCCAGGGAGAUUGUGGAGACGUGGAAGGCGAGAUGGAUUGUUUUAUGA